AGAAUCAGGUGGGAGUCUCUGUGACCUAAGACCCUGAGAAAUGUCCCCUGGGAGAUACAGUCCAUCAGACCAUGGACGGGCCUUUUCCCCUUCCACAAGAGAGCUCAGACUUUGCUCUGAAAUUUGAUUGCCUGUUUGCAUAUUCCCAUCCCCUGGUUUGAGAGCUGAAAGCACCUUUUGUGUGGCCACUGAGCAGUGAGCUCAGCACUUAUUCAGGAGAUAAGUAGCCAAGUGGCUGCCUGCUCUGCCAGUGCUAGCCGAGGGAGGGACGUUUGGACGGUGGAAGGGCGCAGGCUGGGACUGAGGUGAGUGGGGGGGGGUGCCCCUGGAGGAGGGACAGGUCUGAACAGUUGGGAGGACUGAGGGUCAGGGGAAGGAAAGAAGAAGCCAAGAAAAUGAAAGCGUCUUCUGAUGCCUCAGAGGAGAGGAGAGGAAAGGAAGUUUUCCACUGACUCAGUUUACAAGGCUAGCGAAGAGAGCACAAAGGGAGGGAAGGAAACGAGGGCCUAGGAGGCUAUAGAUCACAGCUCUGGAGGAUCAUGGGUGGGAAUCCUUUCCCUUCAUUUUGCACAUAAAGAAACUGAGUCCCAGAUGAGUCAGGUGGCUUUCCCCCAAUUGUACAGCUACUAAGUGGUCUUCUUGAGUCCAAGUCCAACAUUCCAUCCAAGCUCCCAAAGGCUUUCCAUGCUGAAUCCUUUUCUCUUCUUCAGAACCACCAUGGACAAGAGUGCAGUUCAGGGUUACUUCCCUGGCAGCCACUGGCUCUACUUCUCUGUCUAUCUCUUCACCUUCCUCACUGGCCUUCCCCUCAACCUGAUGGCCCUGAUUGUCUUUGUGGGUAAACUGAGGCGUCGGCCUCUGGCUGUGGAUGUUCUUCUGCUCAACCUGACCGUCUCUGACCUGCUGCUGCUGGUCUUUCUGCCCUUCCGGAUGGUGGAGACAGCGAGUGCCAUGUACUGGCCUUUGCCCUUCUUCUUAUGCCCCUUAUCAGGCUUUCUUUUCUUCACCACUAUCUACUUCAGCUCCCUCAUCCUCACGGCCGUGAGUGUGGAACGCUACCUGGGGGUCGCCUAUCCUGUGUGGUACAAGACCCGGUCGAGGACCAGCCAAGCUGGCUUGGUCAGUAUUGGUUGUUGGCUGCUGGGGAGUGCCCACUGCAGCAUAGUCUAUGUUGCAGAAUUUUGGAAGGAUACCAUCCAAAAGCAACAGUUCAACAGGACUUGCUACCUGGAGUUUAGGGAAGAGCAGCUGGCUGUGGUGCUGCCUUUCAGGCUGGAGAUGGCAGUGGUCCUCUUUGGAGUGCCGUUGGUUCUUGCCUGUUAUUGCUAUGGUAAAAUGGUAUGGAUCCUGAGAAAGGGGAACCACCUGAAGAAGAGAAAAAGAGUGAUGGGGCUGAUAGGGGCCACGAUGCUCAAUUUCCUGGUCUGCUUUGGCCCAUAUAACAUGUCCCACGUCGUCGGUUAUUUCCAGGGCAAGAGUCCAAGAUGGCGGGGGUAUGUGUUGCUGCUCAGCAUUCUGAACUCCUGUGUGGAUCCUCUUGUCUUUUACUUCUCAUCAUCCGGGUUCCAGAGGGACUUUCACAGGUUAUUCAGGAAUCUGGUGAAGACUUCAGGUCUUCGGGGGGGAAAUAGGUCAGGAAUACAAGAGAGAAAUGGACCGGAGAAAGAACAGUCUACUUGUUAAAAGAGCGACAUAAAGUCAAGACCAUGGAAUGAGGAAGGAAGGAGUAUUUGGGGAUAUAGGGACAGGGAUGGGAUAAAGGGGGUGGAAGGUGGGAAACCGGCUGAGAGGAGCCCACUUGGGAAUACAAUUUUUGUACAAACUGUAGAUCAACUAAAGAUUUGUUGAUCUGAGGGGACCAGUUAUAGCUAGCUUUCAAAGGAAUCUUUACUCAGUUCCCACUUGUUGCAAACAUCCAUUGUUUCAUGGAACCAUUCCUGGGAAGGGGCAGGAUGGGAUGAUUAAUCGGGUGUUUUCUUGCCUUGUAGGGAGUAAAAAGAUAAGAAAAACGGUAACUUGUUCUACUUGAAAACUGUCCAAUGUCCUAGUAUUUGGGGGGGGGGAUUUAUGUAGUUUGCUACUUGCUGACUUGGGUGGAGGGUUAACUCUAUCAAGGGAGUGCAGCCUUCUCCCUCCUGGAAACCCUGUAGGCGUCCAGGGGUUCAGGAAAGAGUCCCAUUCCCCAAUGUGUUUUUUUUCCAAUGAGUUUCUGCUUCUCCAAUGAAAUCAAGAUUCCCAACAUUUAUG